ACCUAUUGCCCUCUUCUUCCUUUCAAAGUCCAAUCUCUCUCCUUUUCUCUCUCUCUCUCCCCUCUAUAUAUUUCUAUACAAAAAACCUAUAUCGCUCACUAGAAAGAACGCAACAAAAUAUCUAAUCAAAGCCAUGAUAAUUAGCCACCACUAUAGUUUGUAAAUUGAUUAUCCGCUCUCAAAUCUUUCCUCCAAAAAUAUAUACAAUGAUUCCAAGUCCUCAAAAAUCAUCUAUUUUACUCCAAAGAAUGAAUUCCAACAAUACUACUAGUUGUAAACAACCCCACCAAUCACUACAACGCCACACACCAAUACCAUGCACUGUAGAGGUACCAGAUUCCGUCGUUAAAUACCACACACAUCUUGUGGGACCCAAUCAGUGUUGCUCCGCGGCGAUCCAACGAAUCUCCGCGCUCGUAUCCACCGUAUGGUCCGUUGUCCGUCGGUUCGACAAUCCCCAAGCUUAUAAACACUUCGUCAAGAGCUGCCACCUCAUCGAUGGUGAUGGUAACGUUGGCACUCUUCGUGAAGUCCGAGUCAUCUCCGGGCUGCCAGCUGUUAACAGCACAGAAAGACUGGAAAUACUUGACGAAGAGCGCCAUGUUAUUAGUUUUAGCGUAGUCGGUGGGGACCAUCGACUCGCCAACUAUCGGUCCGUUACUACUUUACAUCCUGAACCUUCGGGUAAUGGUACUAUAGUUGUGGAGUCAUACGUUGUUGAUGUACCAAAGGAUAAUACUAAAGAUGAGACGUGUGUUUUUGUUGAUACUAUUGUGAAAUGUAACCUUCAAUCGUUAGCGCAGAUCGCUGAGAAUUCUAACAGAGGAAAGGCUCCGUGAACUAAUUGAGGUCGGUCAAUGACACUUGUGAGUUGUGAUGGAUGAUAAUAUGUAUCAAUCAAAUUCGAUGAUGUUUUUUUGGAGUACGAUUGAUCUCAAGGUUGUCAUCACUUGAUGUUGAAGAUAAGUUCGUGUUUAAAGAAAACUUGUUUUGCUACAGUGAAUUAAUUUCUGUCUAUGUUUUUUCUCCCCUUUGUUGAUAGGUUCUUUACUUCAUAGUCACUACUGUGUUUUAUAUUUUCUGUAAAAUUUUCAGCAAGGAUAUGAACACAACAUUCUCUUUCAA